AUGUUUGGUUCAAAGCUGUCAUCAUUUUGUUGGGGAAUCACUGCAAUCGAGCAACGUCGUGGUUUUGCAACCCUAAAGGAUAUUUCUAUUCGGUUGAAAUCUGUUCGAAAUAUUCAGAAAAUCACGAAAAGUAUGAAGAUGGUAUCUGCUGCGAAGUACAACAAGGCGGAACGUGAAUUGCGGGGUGCUCGAGUGUUCGGCGUUGGUGCAUUACAAUUUUACAAUAAUAUUGGUGCGGCAGAAGCAAAAGAUAAACUUCCAGAAGUUGCUAUAGCUUCGGCAGAAAAAGAAAAACGUUUGUUAGUGUUGGUUACGUCAGAUCGAGGACUCUGCGGCUCUGUACACUCGGCUGUUGCAAAGGAGGCUAAACGAUUAUUAACAGAAAAGGCAUCGGAGGCAGAUUACAAACUGGUACUUAUCGGUGAUAAAGCUAAAGCAUCUAUGCAAAUUGUUCAUGCAAAUCAUGUGCUAUUCUCAUGCAAUGAAAUUGGUCGACUUCCUCCAACUUUUGAGGAUGCUUCAGUUAUUGCUGCCAAAAUUCUGUCAUCGAAUUUCAAAUUUGAUAAGGGCUUUAUACUGUAUAAUAAAUUCAGAUCUGUCGUUUCAUAUAAAACAUCUGUAAUACCAAUGUUUACGCUGGAUGCAAUUAUGAAGCAACCAACAAUGUCCAUGUAUGACUCAGUCGAUGAUAACGUGCUAAACGAUUAUGCCAAUUACUCGUUAGCUCAACUACUUUAUUACGCUCUAAAAGAAUCUGCUGCAUCUGAACAAAGUUCCCGAAUGACUGCCAUGGAUUCAGCAAGCAAGAAUGCUGGUGAAAUGAUCGAUAAACUGACGAUGUCCUUCAAUCGAACACGGCAGUCAGUUAUUACACGCGAAUUGAUCGAAAUUAUAUCUGGAGCUGCAUGUGUUUGA